UCAUCCGAAAAGCGCGAUGAAUACUCAGGCAUCAUUGACUCGAUCCUCGCCAAGAGUGACCUCAAUACCGUCUCCGAGAAACGGAUUCGCAAGGGUCUCCAGGACGUCAUUGGUUAUGAUCUCACUCCACAAAAGGCUGAAGUCAAGCAGCUAAUCAUGGAACGAUUUGACAUCUUCGCGAGCAAUAAUGGCGUCCAUUCACCCGAAGAGACCUCCAGUAAUGGCCAUACACACGCCACCACUGCCGCUGCAGUACCUUCUCCACCCCAAUCCUCCUCGCCCGUGAAGCGUCAGGCACAUAGCGAAGAAGCAUCUGAGCCCGCUAGCGCCUCGCCGCCUCCAAAGAAGCGCAAGCCUGACGCCGAUGUUGACGCCGACGCCUUGUUCGCCGCGAAACUACAAGCGGAAGAGAAUAUGCGAGCACGACCCACAAGAGGCGCAAGCACACGCCGUGCUGCUCCAUCUAAGAAGAAGAGCAAGGCCAAGACCGCCAAACGCGUCAGGGCGGAGGAUGACUCGGACAUCGACUCGGGAUCGGAAACGAAAAAGGAGGUCAAUCGAACUGGUGGCUUCCACAAACCACUUAAUCUGUCUGCCCCUUUGUCUGCUCUCCUAGGUGGAGAGACUACACUGUCGCGCCCGCAGACUGUCAAAAAGGUAUGGCAAUACAUCCGUGAAAAAGAGCUGCAAGAUCCAAGCGAUCGACGCCAAAUCCGCUGCGACGACGCGAUGCGCGCUGUGUUUAAGCAGGAUCGGGUCCAUAUGUUCACCAUGACCAAGAUCCUCAAUCAGAAUUUGUAUAACCCAGACGAAUAG